AUGGGUAACUUCAAAUUCCAAAACCUUUCCCUCGCCGUCCUAGUCGCCAUUUUCGCUUUCCUCGCAUCCUCCGUACUCGUCGCUAAUAACACCAAUAGCGACGGCUUUUUCACCCUGCCGUCACUAAUUACUGAUUUCAAAGAGCUGGUCACUGAUCGCCUGGAAAGGCUUGCAUCCCAGUUUCACGAUCUAUCUAUUCCUUCUAUCAUUCACCGCAGCCACAAGAAAAAGCGCCCGACGGACGGCGGCGGCGGAGGCCCCAAGCCGAAGCCGGCGAGCAUUUGCGACGACUUCCCACCGGACAUUCCGCCACCGGAUACCAACACCACGACGACGAUCUGCGUUGACAGGAACGGGUGCUGCAAUUUCACGACCGUGCAAGCCGCCAUUGACGCCGUCCCCAACAUGAGCCCGAAGAGGAGCAUUAUCUGGAUAAACUCCGGGAUUUACUACGAGAAAGUGGUCGUGCCGAGAACCAAACCGAACAUCACGUUUCAAGGGCAAGGCUACACUUCCACGGCGAUCGCAUGGAACGACACCGCGUUUUCAGCCCACGGCACGUUCUACAGCGCUUCCGUACAGGUCUUCUCCGAUAGGUUCGUCGCCAACGGCAUAAGCUUCAUGAACGUUGCUCCGAUUCCCGGGCCUGGAGACGUCGGAGCUCAGGCGGUGGCCAUUAGGGUUUCGGGAGACCAGGCAGUUUUCUCGAGCUGUGGCUUCUUCGGAGCGCAGGACACACUUCACGACGACAGGGGGCGACAUUUGUAUAGGGAUUGUUACAUCCAAGGGUCGAUUGAUUUUAUCUUCGGUAAUGCGAGGUCCCUCUAUCAGAACUGCCAGCUGAUAUCGAUGGCGACCCCAGUGGGCCCAGGGGUGAGGUCCAUAAACGGGGCGGUGACGGCCCACGGGAGGGCAUCCAAGGACGAGAACACGGGCUUUGCGUUCGUGAACUGCAGCCUGGGAGGCACGGGCCGGAUCUGGUUGGGCCGGGCCUGGAGGCCUUUCUCUCGAGUGGUUUUCGCCAAUACGGCCAUGGCCGAUAUCGUCGCCCCUGAAGGCUGGAAUGACUUCAACGACCCAGCCAGAGACCAGACAAUCUUCUACGGGGAGUACAAUUGCAGUGGUGCAGGUGCUAAUCUGAGCCUGAGGGCACCAUAUGUACAGAAGCUUAAUGAUACAUUGGCUGCUCCUUUCCUCGACAUGUCCUUCAUUGACGCAGAUCAAUGGUUGACUUAGCCAGUUAAAAUCAUCUUGUCUCGUGUUUGGGUUGGUUGUACAUUGAAUUCUAACUUCAAAAGUCGGU